AUAAUUAUAUAAGUUUUGAUUAACAGAGGUCUAGGAGUAGACGUUUUUAAGAAGAUUUUUUUUAACAGUAAAGCUUGUUUUAGUGUCUGUCAAAUUUUUUUAUAAAAUUUUCUUUCUAACUAAAUUGUAAUUCUCGUCGGUGGCAUUUUCACUUUGUCAAGAAGAAAACUUUUUUCUUUUUCUGUUUGUUUGUCAAAAUAAUUCAAUCAAGAAAUUAGUUUUGAAAACAUAUUACAUCUAAUGGCACCGGUGAUCCAAACAGCGAUGUAUUUGCAGAAGAAUCAGCUUAUUAUCAACCAGGAAGAGCUUGAUACCAACAAACUUGAUGAAGAUGAUACACGCACAAAUCUUAUCAUAAAUUAUUUACCGCAAGAGAUGACUGAGGAAGAACUCAGAACGUUAUUUUCGUCUGUCGGCAGUUUGGAAAGUUGUAAGCUAAUUCGUGAUAAAGUAACAAAGGCAAGCCUCGGAUAUGCAUUUGUGAACUAUCAAGAUCCACGUGACGCAAGAAAAGCGAUACGUUCGUUGCAAGGAAUGAAACUAACAACAAAAACCAUCAAGGUAAGUUACGCUCGACCAAGUUCUAACGAAAUUAAAAACGCCAACUUGUACAUCAGUGGUUUACCGCAAACGUGUGACGCAGUGCGAUUACGUGAGUUAUUUCAAAACUUUGGCGAGAUUAUCACAAGCAAAGUGCUAGUAGAUGAAAAUGGGGAAAGUCGAGGGGUGGGUUUUGUUAGAUUUGAUAAACGUAGGCAAGCUGAACAGUCCAUCGAAGCUUUAAAUAACAAAGUUCCAAAUCUCCACAACGCAAUCAAGCCUUUGACUGUCAAAUUUGCCAAUCCACCGAGUCAGAAGAUACAAUCCUACGUGGAUAUUUUAUCGCAAGCUAAAGCCGGCAUAGCUACAGCUGGUUAUUUGCAAACACAGGGCUUGUACUCACCCUUAUCAGGUGCUAUUAUUCCAGGUACAACACCUGGAUCUGCUUCAACUGCGGUACCGACUUCAUCAUAUAGCAACGGAUUUCCAACUGCACAUAAUAGUGUUUUGAAUGGCAUGCCACAACAGAGCAUGACCAGUUGGUGCGUCUUUGUCUAUAAUCUACCAUCUGAUGCGUCGGAUUUGACCUUGUUUCAACUCUUCAGCAAACACGGUGCCAUUCACUCUGUGCGUGUGAUAACAGAUCACGAAAAGAAAUGCCGUGGAUAUGGUUUCGUCAACAUGGUGCAUUAUGACGACGCCGUAGCGGCUAUUUUUCGUCUCAAUGGUUACUGCUUGGAGCGUGGCAAGCCUUUGCAAGUUUCAUUAAAACGACCAAAGUCAAUUGGGGCUAUGGGGAUUGGAAACUAAGUUGAUAUUUGAUUUUGGGCCGUUUAGAAGAUAUAUAAAAAUAUAUUGAUAGUGUAAAUUUUCAGAUAUAUUUGUAGCAAGAAAUUGUAAAUAAAAUAAAAUUUUUGCUUGAAAAUUAUUUAGCUCUGGUGCAUGUUUCUGAACAUUGGAACUUUUCAUAGAAGCAAACUUUAAGUUGGAAUUAUUUCUAUAAUGUUUCGAACUUUAUUCCUAUAAACAUUGUAUGUAAAAUAUUGAAAUUAGAUUUUAGGAUUAUCGAAAAAAUUUAGGGUCACUUAUU